GGCCCACUCCAGGUCAAACUAGGCCGAUGGAGGCGGGGCCACGGGAACGCAAAUUGCCGUAUAUCGUGCGAGAGUCGAUCAAACAAAUGGACGGGCUGGACUGUAUAGCUUCAAGAACUCCUCAUGACUAAAUUUGGCUCCUUUGUGCAGACGGACUCGCCCCCCUUGACCCCGGGGCCCCUCCCCUUAUCUCGGAGCAGCAGCGCGGGCUCCUCUCUGAACUCCGCCUCGAGAACUCCCAACAGCUCUCGACGGAAAUCCAACUCUCAACUUUCCACAGGGCGACUGAAGAUGGCGGCGUGAGCGGCGCCGUGGCGGAGGACGGUGACGGUCGCCACGGUGACCAAUCGACAACAGUGUUUGAGUUCUUGCACUUUAUACACCGUUUGUAUUAUUUAAUCGGUUGUGUUUGAAUUGAUAUUGGACUGAGGUUUUCAUCCAAUGACGAUGCUCCUCUGGCACCGGCUGGCCAAUCCAACGCCCGACUGUAUUUGGGCUUCUUCCAGUGUGUCUUUGAUUGCAUUCCUUUUUUUUUUUUUUAAUUUGCUUUUCAAUAAAAGUGGAAAGUCCAAAGGUUGGUUUCCGAGUGCAGAAUUGUAGCAGAGACGUCCUGGCCAGUUUUUAUUCCUGCGUGCAACAUUCGGGGUACAAAAAUGCUGAAUAACGGCCUCCUGAGAAAAAGUUACGUUGGGCUGGAUUAUUAAUGUGAUGGGUCUACUGGUGAAUUUUGUUUUUGACUGGAAAAAAGAAACUUCAUUUUCCUGUUGGAUUCUUGAAAUCUGGCUUAUGUUUAUUUUGUGCAGCACCGUUUUUGUGUUUGCAUUUUAUCGCGGAAGCUAUCCAUUGUUUCGUAGCGGUUCUCUUCAGGAGGCUCGCGGGUGCGCCGGAGCCCGUCCCAUCUAUCUUUGGGCAUACCGUCAACCGGUCGCCGACCAAUCGCCGGGCACGGAGAAAGUAAGGGCGGGGCUGAGCUCGGCGCCCGGACGGGACGCUGCUUCCUUCUGCGUCACGUGACGGCCAAGAUGGCGGCCGCGCUCGUCGAGGUUUACGAGUGCUGCGCGGACGACGCGCGACCGAGCCAAACGGCCGAGGAGGCGGCGCGCGCCAUUGUCGGCGCCGUGCGCGCGUACGGGACGGCGGGUUCCCAUGGUAACGACGCGGACGCCGCCUGCUUGGCGCUGACGCUGAUCGGCCGAAUGGCGGCCCGGGCGACGGACGCCGCGGCCCAAUUCUACCGGGAUGCGUUGGAGGUCCUGCUUCGGGACUGGGACGUGGUGUCCGAGAUGGCGGCCAAGUUCGGCUGCGAAGAUGAAAUCGUCCGCCACUUGGCCGCAAAGAGCACCAGCGCCUGUGUCCUCUACCGACUGCAAGUUUCCGGCGCGGUCUGUCCGGCGUGGCGUCGGACGUGCCUCCGGGCGCUCCUCGGCUCGCCCGCCGGCCCCGAACUGGACGCCGUCUUGUGGUCGCUGACCGGCGUCCUCCGGAAACUUCUCCAAGACAACCGUCAAGCAGAACUGGUCACGAUGCUUCUGUUGGCGUUCGACACGAGCGUCAGCGCCUUGGCGUCCAGGUUCCUCCCCGCGGACCGGAGCCGCUUUGAUAUCGGCGGCGGCGCGCCGGACACCUCCCGCCUGCUGAUGGACCUCCUCGAACUUCUUACGGCGUCCGGUUCCGCGGCAUCUGCCGGCGUGAGGAGUCUGAAGUUGACGUACGUCCACGCGGCCGCGUUGAUGGACGCCGUUAGCCGUGCGCCGCACUAUUUUGUCAGCAAGAGGGCGGCGCUCUUGCUGAAGCGGGCGGCGCUGCGGAAAGCCGGCGAGGACUGGCUCGGGGAGUCAGGAGAGAACGUCGCCUCGGACGGCUCUGACGUCGGCGCGCUAGCCGGCGCGGUGACGGACGCGCUGGCGGCCGGUUGGUUGCCGAGCGUCCGCGUGGAGUCGGCGCAGUUUUUCGGCGGGACGAGCGGCGCCGAAGGGGGCGCGGGAGACGCGGUGAUGCUGCGCGCCGUCAGCCUGCUCGUCAUCAAAAGCGUCCAGCACUGCGUCGUCUACGCCGCAGCGGGUGCCGCCGAGGCCCGCGGGCACCUCCGCUCCCUGUGGCGUUUCCUGCGCGAGAAGGGCGUGCGGCCGACGGACGCCGAUCACGACUGCGGCGUCCUCCCGCUGCUGUUCGGCGAGCAGGACGACGACAUGAUGGAGGCCGCCAAAGCCGCGCUCCUCAUCUUUCUCCGUCUCAGGGACGACUCCGCGCCCGUCGGAACAGCCUGCGUGGCCGGCUGCAACCCGCACUGCCACUUCCUCUUCCUGCUCGACGGCGUCUCGGCGGACCACCGCAUCUUGCUGGACUUCCUCAUCUCCACGGAAACCUGCUUCCUGGACUACCUGGUUCGCUACCUUCGCUACCUGAGGACCGACCCGCGAGGAUUCACCGCCUCGUGCCGGCGGCUGGACGCCGGCGGGCGUUCGGCCUCCGUCUCGGGCGUCCGCCUCGUGGACUACGACGAUUCGGACGAAGAGGCGAGCGGAACCUCCCCGGAUCGGGAGAGGUCGCGGUCCGAGGCGGCGACGUCGAGCGGCGACGCGCUGGGGAGGGCCCUGGCCUGCCUGGUGCGACUGCACCGUUUGCUGGCGAGGCUGCGCGACAAGAAACUUUUUCCGUACAAGGCAGACUCGCUCCUCAAACUCUUAACGCAAGUGAUACAGUUGCUUAACGCCGACUGACGGGAGACCCCCCUUCGUAUUAUCCGUCCAUUUUCUCGGCCGCUUCCCCUCGCGAGGGUCACCGGGAGUGACGGAGCCUCGUGUCUUUCAAUCAAAUUAAAAAUUCCUUCCA